AUUUAUCAGUCGGCUGUGAGUUGUAAUGUUGAUGUGGAUAUGGGUAAAUGGUAAUGUUUUAAAAAACGAAAAUUGCAUGGUAGGGUAGCCGCUAACAAGUAACAUUGAAGAAAAAAACUUGUGGGCCGAAGGUCAACAAGAUAUUAUUAAUAUGUGGCCAUCUAUCAAUGAUUUUUAAUUAACUAUACUCGAAUGUAUGUUUACAUAACAGUAAUAUAACUACGCUAGUCACUUAAGCUAUACACAAGACUACAUUAGAGCGAGUUGUGAAUUACAAAAAAACAAUGAGUGUUGAAGAAUUAGCUGAUGUCGUUGGCAAAGUUGCUGCUGUUGCUACUAUUGGAACAUUCUUUGCUCCUGUUUUUAUUUGUUGGAAUAUAAUAAAAAAGAAGAGUUCUAAAAAUAUAGACCCUACACCUUUCAUUGGGGGUAUGGCCAUGUCCAUUUUGAUGAUAAAAAAUGGAAUUCUUAUGAAUGAUCCAAACAUUAUACCUGUAAACAUUUUUGGAUUUUUAUUAAAUUUGUUAUACUUUUUAGUGUACUACACAUAUACGGCUAAUACGGGUCCACUAUUUUCAAUGUUGAAGAAAGUAACACUUUUUACUGGUAUAUUGUGGGGGUAUACAAUGGUUGAAAAUGAAAAACUAGUGGAAUAUCGCUUUGGAGUUAUUCUAACCUUAUUAAUGUUUACACUUGUUGGAUCUCCUUUGUUUUCUCUUAAAGAAAUUAUUACAGCACAAGAUGCAUCAAUGUUACCAUUUCCAAUGAUAUUAUCUGGUACUGUGGUUGGAUCUUUAUGGCUGGUCUAUGGACUUUUAAUUGACAAUAUAUUUAUAAAAGUUCAGAAUGUGGCGACAGUAAUAUUGUGUGGAAUACAGCUAGCGUUAAUUUAUAAAUAUCCCAAAAAAGAAGACAAGAAAACUGAUUAGUCAGUUAUGUAACUACUGAUUAUUAUUAGUCUAAAUUAUGUAUUUCUUUAAUCCUUGUGGCCUGUGAUUUCCUAUUAUUGAGUAUUCCAUUUUGUUGAUUGACUUUUAUUAUUCCAUUAAAUACUGUGUAUACUUUGUGAUUUAUUUUUCUGCAUUAGCACCGCUCGUUUUGUUUAAAAACUAAAUGUGAUAAAUCUAUUACUGUUAUUUAAUAAGGUGUUGUUCGUGUUUGCCAUUAUAAGUAAAAAGAAAUUGUAAUUUUAGUUUUCCAAAAUUGAAACCAUUCCAAUUAACUGAAACAAAUUGUAUGUUAUAACUUACUACAUAGUAUAUUUAUAUUAUAGACUAUAGUAUACA